AUUUUUGACAACUUUCGAGAUUGUGAUAGAAAAAAGGUUAUAUCAGUAUCAUUUGUAUAGGGGUUAUAUUGUGCCAGUCAUCAUAUCACGACUUAUUUGGAGCAUUUUAAACAAAAGUUAACAUGGGAUCUGUAAGAGUAAUAAACGACGAAGCUAAUUUCCAAGCAGAGCUAUCCAAUGCAGCUGCCAGAUUAGUAGUUGCCGAUUUUACAGCUACUUGGUGCGGACCAUGUCAGAGAAUAGCUCCUGUAUUCCAGCAACUCGCUGCUAAAUAUCCUAAGGCUGUGUUCUUAAAAAUCGACGUCGAUCAGUGUCAAGAAACAGCUGCAGCCCAGGGAGUUUCUGCUAUGCCUACGUUCAUCUUUUAUAGGAACAAGACUAAAGUGGAUCGAUUACAAGGUGCGGAUGCCACAACCCUAGAAAAUAAAAUCCAGCAAUAUUAUGGGUCUGAGGAAAGUGAAGAUGCCGAGGGAGUGGCUGGACACAUGGACUUGUCGCCUUUUAUUACUAAAUCCCAAAGCGAAUGCUUAAAUGAGAGUGAUGAUCACCCUUUUGCGCAUUGUCUUACUUCAGAAGGAGGAUAUUUACAAUCUGAUUGUGAUGAACAGCUAAUAAUUUCUAUUGCAUUUAAUCAAGCUGUGAAGAUACAUAGCUUGAAAAUUAAGGCACCGGCCGAUAAAGGACCCAAACAUAUUAGGAUUUUCAUUAAUCAACCCAGGACGUUGGAUUUUGAUUUGGCUGAUAGUUAUACUAGUAUCCAAGACUUAGACUUAACUCCCGAAGAUUUAGAAGGCAAUCCAGUCAAUUUAAGAUACGUGAAAUUCCAGAAUGUUCAGAAUAUCCAAUUCUUUGUGAAAGACAACCAGUCUGGGGGAGAGGUUACGCAGCUAGACCACCUAGCGAUUAUCGGAUCGCCUAUCAGCACCACAAAUAUGGGAGAUUUUAAAAGAGUAGCAGGAAAGAAGGGUGAAAGCCACUAGGAAAUGUCCUUUAUUUAAAUGAUAUUUAACAAGAAAACUCGUAUUGAAAUGAAAACUUUAAUUUUGAAUAAUACACCAAAAAUAAAAAACUGAUGUCGAGUCUAAAAAAAUUAUAUUUCUU